AUGGCGUCUCCCGCUCCGUCCUCGACCGCCUCCGAGAACGGCACCACGCUGCCCUCGAGGCCGCAGCCGAAGCUGUUCGCCAGCCACGACAGCUCUGGCCCGGGCACCCCGAUUGGCUUCCAGCGCUAUCCGCACAACAAGCACCUUGACCAUGUCGUCGGUGCGGCUCUGCGGAAUCCCUCCCCCCAGCCCACUCACCUGGGCAUCCCCGGCAGCCCGUCGCCUCGGGUGCUGUCCGAGGAGGAUCCCGGCUACAUCGCGGCCAAGUUUGAGGGCAAGCAGAAGCAGAUGGAACAGGUCAUGGACCAAUUGGAGGAAAAGGGCUUCUUCCCCAGUGACUUUGUCAUCUCCGAAACGUCCUGGUUCUAUAACAUGCUGGGCAUCGACGACACCUACUUCCAGACUGAGUCGGUAGAAAACAUUGUCACCCAGAUCCUGUCUCUCUAUGCCGCCAAGGUCGCCGCCUAUGCGCGGGAUGACAAGCAGCUCGAGAUCCGCCUGGACAAGGAGGCUGAGGACCAUGCCGUCUAUAUCGACACCAGCAAGCCCGGUAUCUCCUCGGUGGAUGGGCCCCGGUACGAGCAGCGUAUCGAUGCCAAGUACAUCAACACCUCCAAGGGUGCCAACAGCUACCGUGUGGAGACCUUCCGCUCACCCACCACGCUGCCGGGUGACAACGAGCAGCAGCUGCGCUGCUACUUCGUGUACAAGUGCCAAUACGCCAACCCCAACCCUUCCCCCAAUGAGACCAACAUUGACAUCAUUGGUGAAAAGCGAUUUCUCCAAAAGGCCACGGAAAAUACCAAGGCCAUCUACCAGGAGAUCAUCACCAAUGCCGUCAGCCGGUCCGGUCCUGUCAUUGAGAUGUUCGAGAUCGAGGGCAGCCGGGAGAAGCGCCUGGUGAUUGCCUACCGGCAAGGUUCGGCCAUGGGUCUAUUCAGUGCCCUGUCCGAUUUGUACCACUAUUACCGCCUGACCAGCUCGCGGAAAUACCUGGAGAACUUCUCCAAUGGCAUCACCGUCAUCUCGCUCUAUCUUCGGCCAUCGGACAAGCCCGAGAUUGCGGCCAAGUACCCUCCUAUCGAGGCGGCGAUCCACCAAAUCAUGAAGGAAGCCUCGCUCCUGUACUGCAUUCCGCAGAACCGCUUCCAGCAUCACUUCGCCACUGGCCGUCUGAGUCUGCAGGAGACCAUCUACGCCCACUGUGCGUGGGUGUUUGUGCAGCAGUUCCUGAACCGCCUGGGCUCGGAGUACACCUCACUGGCUGCUCUGCUGGAUACCAACAAUAGCGUGCACGCAGAACUGCUGUCGAAGAUCAAGAAACGUCUGCGCACCGAGACCUUCACUGCGGACUACAUUUUUGAGAUCAUCAACAAAUACCCCGAGUUGAUCCACCAGCUCUACCUGGACUUUGCCAGCACCCACUACGUGCAGACCCAGGGCCCCACCGGGGACGAUUUCUUGCCCACCCUCAGUUACCUACGUAUCCAGGUGGACGAGGUCAUGGACGGCGCGAAGCUCAAGCAGCUGAUCCGCGGCACGGCGCACAACGAGCACGACGAGAUGGUCAUGACCUCGUUCCGCGUGUUCAACUCGUCGAUUCUCAAGACAAACUUCUUCACCCCGACCAAGGUGGCCCUCAGCUUCCGCUUGAAGCCGGACUUCUUGCCAGAACACGAAUACCCGCAGCCGCUUUACGGCAUGUUCCUGGUCAUCAGCUCUGAAUUCCGUGGCUUCCACCUCCGCUUCCGGGAUAUUGCCCGUGGAGGCAUUCGGAUUGUCAAGAGCCGAAACAAGGAGGCAUACAGCAUCAAUGCCCGAUCACUGUUUGAUGAAAAUUACAACUUGGCCAACACGCAGCAACGCAAGAACAAGGAUAUUCCCGAAGGCGGCGCCAAGGGUGUCAUCCUCCUGGAUGUAGACCACCAAGACAAGGCGCGGGUCGCCUUCGAGAAGUAUAUUGACAGUAUCCUCGAUCUGCUGCUACCUCCCGUCAGCCCCGGCAUCAAGGACCCAAUUGUCGAUCUGCACGGCAAGGACGAGAUCCUGUUCAUGGGUCCCGACGAGAACACUGCUGAGCUGGUCGACUGGGCCACGGAGCAUGCCCGUAACCGUGGUGCCCCCUGGUGGAAGUCCUUCUUCACCGGCAAGAGCCCCAAGCUGGGUGGUAUCCCACACGACGCUUACGGCAUGACCACGCUCUCGGUGCGUGAGUACGUGCUCGGCAUCUACCGCAAGCUGAACAUCGACCCAUCUACGAUGCGCAAGCUGCAGACCGGUGGUCCGGACGGUGACCUGGGAUCUAAUGAAAUUCUACUUGCCAACGAGAAGUAUUCCGCCAUCGUUGAUGGCUCUGGUGUGAUCGUCGAUCCGCAAGGUCUGGACCUUGCGGAACUCGUCCGCCUGGCCAAGAAGCGCGUGAUGAUCUCGGAGUAUGACACAUCGAAGCUGUCGCCCGAGGGUUACCGCGUGCUGGUCGAUGAAAAGAACGUCAAGCUGCCCAGCGGCGAGACGGUUCACAACGGCAUGAUUUUCCGCAACACCUUCCACCUGCGCCAUCACGAGCGCUUCGACGUGUUCGUGCCGUGCGGUGGUCGCCCCGAGUCCAUUGAUCUGUCCACCGUGGGCAAGCUGAUUGAGGAUGGCAAGUGCAUCGUUCCUUACAUCGUCGAGGGCGCCAACUUGUUCAUCACGCAGGACGCCAAGCUGCGCCUGGAAAAGGCUGGCUGCAUUCUGUUCAAGGAUGCCUCCGCCAACAAGGGUGGCGUAACCUCGUCCUCCCUGGAGGUGUUGGCCUCGCUGUCCUUCAACGACCCGGAGUUCGUCGAGCACAUGUGCAUCCGCGAGGACGGCACCGUGCCCGCCUUCUACGGUGAAUACGUCAAGGAGGUCCAGGAGAUCAUCAAGCAGAACGCCAGACUGGAGUUUGAGGCCAUCUGGCGCGAGCACGAGCAGACCGGCGUGCUGCGCAGCGUUCUGAGCGACCGUCUCAGCGUUGCCAUCACCAAGCUCGACGAGGAGCUCCAGCAAACCGAGCUGUGGGAUAACGUCGCCCUGCGCCGCUCUGUGCUUUCGGAUGCCCUGCCUCAUCUGCUCCUGGACAAGAUCGGCCUUGAGACGAUCCUCGAGCGCGUCCCGGAGAACUACCUGCGCGCCAUCUUCGGUAGCCACUUGGCUAGCCGCUUCGUGUACCAGUAUGGCAACCAGCCGAGCCAGUUCUCCUUCUUUGAUUUCAUGACCAAGCGCCUGUCGAAGCUGGAGUCAUGA